UUUAAAUGAAAUGGGCUGAAGCAUUUCAGCUUUCUAAAAGGGAAGCAAAAAUACCUUGAGUAAAAAUAAAAAUAAAGUCCUUAAACAAAAACUGAAACAGUUGUAAGGUAAAAAAACGAUCUAGCCUAAUUGAGUCCUGAAGUUUAUUGCAACUAUGAGGAUGGUGGAAUGUGAAUGCAGUUUGACCCAGCUCUGUGUGGGGGCAUAUUUCUAACUUGUAUAGGGAUGAUAAAUAAAAUGGUAGCUUAUUAUGCCUCUUUCGAUUGGUAUAACCAACACUAGAGACACGAUUAAACUGAGAACAUGGUAUCAUAGCAUUGACUGGACUGUAUUAUCAUUGACUGUAUAGAAGCGUGCAACGAUGUCGUCGGUAGAGGGCGCUGUUUGUGUAUACAGCUGGUGAGACUGCCACCAGACCGAAGAAGGACGUCAAUCAGUGACCGGUGUGAUGUCCAGCUCCGUCGAGGAGGUCGCUCGCGCCAACGUGGAGACUGUCACUGUGGACGUGUGCGUGUGUUUGUUUAGCAGGGACGCGAUCUGCUGGAGAAUGUGAGGAGCUUUAGCACGUGCUGUGCUAAAAGGGGGGGGUCGCUGCUCUUUUGGAGUGAACGUGGCACCUGCGGCCGAGGGGGCGUGCCCGCGGGCCUCGGGAGUCACGCGGUCGCCAGCUGAUCCCGCUGAAGGCAGCGAUCGCACCCGGAAGUAGAGAACCUAAUGGUCUGGGAACAAGUCAGUUCCUCGGGCCCAUCAGCCGUCGGUGCCCGCGUGGUCCUCGCCCUAACCGCUCUGCCCAGGUCGCCCCCUGAUCCCCAUGCAAUCCUUUCUCCGCCACGCAACUCCAACGUGCAUGAUGCACAAAGCAAAUGACAAACCUGCUGUCAUAAAAAAAAUGAAGCUGCUUUUGAAGGCUGUGGGGAUGGUGGGGUCACGACCUGAAGACGCGGUUCCAGAUGCCUAACGUGUUUUCAGUGUUGGAGCUGCAGCCCGGUGUGAGCGGCUUCAGACUCUCCAACCAGUCCAUCCUGCUGGUCUGCCCCCUGCAGGCCAGUCUACAGGUGUUUGCCAUGACCAGUAUGCAGGCAUUACGCAGGAAGUCACUCCUCCUGACGGGUUACCUGGAGUAUCUCAUCCAGCAUCACUACACCGAAGACGCCGCCGUGCAGCCUGAGAAACCACACGUCCGCAUCAUCACGCCCUCCGACCCCCAGCUCUCGCUCUCCUUCUCGGUCCCCAUUGGCAAGGUUUUCAAGGAGCUGGAGAAGAGAGGAGUCGCAUUGGACACGAGAGAGCCCAGCGUGCUGCGACUCGCUCCGGUGCCGCUCUACAACACCUUCAGGGACGUCCACACCUUCAUACAGACACUGGGAUCGGCGCUCACCUCCAGAUGCCAGUGAACAAAGAGGGCUGGACUGAAGUUUACUGUGUAAAUGAGCUUGGACUGCUGCAAAGUCACAGAGGUACAAGAAGAUGUCAAGGAAAACAUUUGACAACAUUGUCUGUAAAUGUCUAUUUCAAUGUAUAAUUGCUUUAUUGAAGUCUAAAAGAUGAGUCUCCAUCAGUUUAACAAAUGAAGCAAAAAUAUCACACAUACAGUUUGCCACCACCUUGUGCUUCAACGAAUAAAACCAAACUUAUCAGAACCAUUAACAUAUGGAAAACACCUUUGUUGUGUCUGUGAGCUCACUGGCUAAUUAACAAAAAAACGCUAGAAAACGUCACAUUCUCUGCAUCAUUAGUCGGAACAUAUUACAUUACAUGUCAUUUAGCAGACACCUUUAUCCAAAGCGACGUCCAAUGGCAUUCAACAUUUACUGAGCAUGUUUUCACUUAUGAAUAAAUAUGAAGCAUCUGCUCCAACUUUCAA